AUGACAGUUAUUAAUAAUAAUCUCUUCAUACUCUAGCCAUUAUAAAAAUCUGUUUUAUUUAUUUAUGAAAACAUUAAUAAUGGAAUAAAAUAAGAAUUUAAGAAAAUAAGGAGAUUGAAGUGGGAGGAGCUAAAUAAAUAUGUAAACCCUUUUUUCCUUCAUUUUACAAUCCUAAAAAAAUCCUCUAAUUUGCAAGAAUGUUAUUGUUUAAAUAUUCUGAGUUUAAGUUAAAUUGAUUAAGAAGUUAAAAAGUUUAAUCUAGAACAAAUUAUUGAAUGUGGAACAUUAAGUUAUGGACACAUUUUUGGAACUGUAAGUGAUGAUUGUGAUUAUUUAGUUAUUUGGACUUACUCAGAAAAAGAAUUUCAAGAUUGGAUUAACAAAAACCAAGAGUGAUCAAAAAUUUAACAUUUAUCCUUAUUAUCAUUAAAUUAAUUCAUUUCUCUUAAGUAUCUGGGUCUAGUCUUUUGUAGAUAAUCACUUUUAUUUGAUUUAGACAAGAUUUAUUUUCGAUUUAUGA